UGUGCAGUGCGGAGCGGCAGCAGUGGCGCAAAAUGUGGGUAGCAGCCAGGCCCUCCCUCUGUCUCUGCAGAUAAAUAUCCGCAGCCUGCUCCCCCAGGCAUGGAUGUCGGUCGCAGUGAGACAUGGCAGUGCGACAUUAUACACUCGACUUUAAUCUUUCUACGGCAGGCUCGUCAUUCUGCGUGUGCACUCCCAUGGGUUAGUCACCAUCGACCUACAGUGUUAUGAAGACGAUAACAUCUCACAGCUUGACAAUCUUUUAAACGCACUGGAAAAGAAACUGAAAGUUCUUCUAAAUGGCAAUAUUGCAAGGAUUAAAAAGCUCCCAGCUCUGGUGCGAGGAGCAAAGGUGGACAGAUACUGGCCCACAGCCGAUGGGAGAUUGGUGGAGUAUGACAUUGACGAGGUGGUGUACGAAGAAGAGUCUGCAUACCAAAACAUAAAGAUAUUGCACUCGAAGCAGUAUGGAAAUAUCCUAGUGCUCGAUGGAGAUAUUAACUUGGCAGAAAGUGACAUUACCUACACCCGAGCCAUCACAGGUAACGGAAAAGAGAAUUAUGCAGGGAAAGAGGUGCUGAUCUUAGGAGGGGGUGAUGGAGGCAUCCUCGCUGAGUUGGUCAAACAGAAGCCAAAGAUGAUUAUUAUGGUGGAGAU